CUUUGUUUCAUCUAGCGGACUGUGAAGAGUGGCUGAAUGGGAAAUCCAAAUUGGCCGGAAAAAUCCGGAACACUCGCUCACCAGCAGAGUAGUAACAACAGACAAGCCAGUUACAAACUAAACUGAGAGAGGGGGCUGGAACGAAGCUCUUAUUUUCUGCCGGCAGCCCCGGCCACAGCAGCUAUACACAUGCAAAUAGGAACCGUCGGCCCGCAAGGGAGCUGUGCUGUUUACUUCGGCUGUCCACGCUCCCACUUGCUGACUCCGUGUAGUCAGUGUCCGAUGGUGUGCGCAAGUGUACCGCUGCCGUACUGCUUGGAUAACCUGACCGGAUUCAAGUUUGAGAUUUCACAUGCUUCCGGCUGAUUCGGAGGACGGCAUGGAGCAGGGAGCUCGGGAGCUGUAGCCGGCCGAACCCCUGUCCCCCCGGUCUCCAACGGACAUGAGGUAGCCCGUCUCCGCGGGAACCGUCCCCCCACCCCUCCCUCGGCGCGGCACAUCUGGGAGACGUUCCCCCCUCCCCCGCUCUGAUUCAUGAGCCAGCAGGAUGCGGCUGCGGUCCUCGCGCUCUCCGAACGGCUCCUCGUAGCGUCCCACAAAGGACACGCCGACAAUGUGGUGCAGCUCAUCAACAAGGGCGCCAAAGUAGCCGUCACCAAGUACGGCCGCACUCCCCUGCACCUGGCCUCGUACAAAGGUCACAUCGAGGUCGUGCACAUUCUGCUGAAGGCCGGCUGCGACUUGGACGUUCAGGACGAUGGUGACCAGACAGCGCUUCACCGUGCGGCAGUGGUGGGAAACAGUGAUGUCAUUUCCGCUCUCAUCCAGGAAGGGUGCGCUCAGGACCGACAGGACAAGGAUGGCAACACUGCUUUGCACGAGGUCUCUUGGCAUGGAUUCAGUCAGUCCGUCAAACUGCUGGUCAAGGCAGGAGCCAACGUCCAUGCAAAAAACAAGGCGGGUAACACCGCCCUCCACCUGGCCUGUCAGAACGGGCAUGCUCAAAGCGCACGGCUGCUCCUGCUUGGGGGGUCCAGGCCAGACAGCAAGAAUAAUGUGGGCGAUACCUGCUUGCACGUCGCCUCCCGCUACAAUCAUGUGGCCAUGAUCCGGAUCCUCCUGGGCGCCUUCUGCUCUGUCAAUGAGAAGAAUCAGGCUGGAGACACGCCCCUCCACAUCGCUGCUUCCCUGAACCACAAGAAAACGGUCAGACUCCUCCUGGAGGCUGGCACUGACAGCUCCGUCAAGAACAGUGCUGGUCAGACUGCGCUGGACCAGGCCAGAGAACACAACAAUCCUGAAGUUGCUCUGCUCCUAGCUAAAGCCCCUCAGGUUCAGAGCUUCACCCGGGGCAGGAGCGUGAGGGAGCGACGGGACAAGUGGAAAGCCGAGGGCCGGGCGCAGUCCGUACCCAGGGACGAAAUGCUGCCCAGCAAGGAGAGCGUGUCUGCGGCCGAUGACACCCACAGCAGUGACUACGUGGCCCGCAGACAGGGCGAACGCGCGAGAGAGACUGCGGAGAACACGGGAAAGAGCCCCGCCAAGAAGAACAGGAAGAAACACAAGGAGAAGCCCUCGCUCUCGGAACCCCUGUGCCAGAGAGAGAACAAGCACAGUGAGGCCGCCCACAGGAAGAAGGGCAAGCAGCACAAUUCCGCCCAGUCGGCUCCCCCGGCCCAACCUCCUCACUGCUACAAGGCCUAUCAGCUGUACACGCUGUACCGCGGGAAGAACGGCAAGAUCAUGCAGGCUCCGCUGAACGGCUGUCGCUGCGAGCCCCUCAUCUCCAAGCUGGAGAACCAGCUGGAGGCCACCAAGGAGGAGAUGCGGUCGGAGAUUCACACGGUCCAGGAGAGGAUGAACAGCAAACUGGGGGAGCUUGACCGCAAGAGCAAGCAUCAGAUCAAAGCCCUGGAUAAAAUCACGGUGGAGAGGGUGUCGGCGGAGAGGACCGAGUGCCUCCACCGAAUCGACCAGAGGGCCAUGCUGGAGCGGCUGGAGGGAGAAAAGAGACAGCAGGCCUCGGUGGUGAACGACCUGAAAAACUGGUGCUUGUCCAAGAUCCAAAACAUCGAGGUGCGUUUCACCGGGGACGGCCGGCACCCCAAGCCGGGCCAGGCCCCGCACGGGACCGAGGUGGCCCCGGAGGGGAGCCUCGAGCGCCUGGCCGCGCUGCCCCAGCCUCUCUCCGCAGGGAGCGCCACGUCCCUGGCCCCUGCUGGCCCAGCCAAUGGGACCCCUGCUGCGGAGGCCCCGGGCCACCAUUACUUCGUGGUCCAGGUGGACAGCUCUCCAGACGACAGACAUGCUGUGCCAGAACACACCACCCCUCCUCCCAAGUCCCUGCCGGCAUCUCCCCUGGUCGUGCGUCCCAAAGACCGCACGCAAGCCUUCGCUGACCUCCGGAGGCUGGACCAGGAACUGCAGGGGAUGGACCUGUUGGACCCGGGGCUGGGGCAGGGGCAGGGGCAGGGGCGGGGUCGGACGAGCAGAGCCAGCAGGGCCAGCAGCCUGUCCCCCGCCACGGAGAGGCGCUGCGGGGGCAGGCUCGACCGCGACCGGGACAGAGACCGCGAACGCGAGCGCGGUCGGGAGAGGGACAGGGCCAGGCACCAGAAAAAGCAGCCUCAGGGCAGGACUAAGGGCAGGCGGGACAGGCAGCAGGGGGGCGCCCCCCGCACUCUGGAGGUGUUCGCGGACCGGCCGGCGGAGCCCUCCUUCGCCCAGGAGCGGAACGCCAUGCACGCGGUGGAGGUGACGCAGUACUUCUUCGAGGCCGUCUCCACGCAGAUGGAGCGCUGGUACGAGAGGAAGAUCCAGGAGGCCCGGUGGCAGGCGGACCAGAAGGCCCAGCAGGACCGGGCGGCGCUGCUGGAGCGGAUCAGCUACCUGGAGGCCCAGCUGCAGCUGCUCAGGACCGGUGUGCACGAGGAGAGCUAACACAGGCAGCGCUAACAAGCUGGGGCCUGUAUCACGAAGCAGGAUCACUGAAGUAGCUACACUAGCUCGUAGCUACACUACUUCUGUAGGGUAAAAACACUACUGUUUUUCUUUCAGUAGAGUAAAAACUGGAACCCUCUCAAAUCUGGAACAUGGACUGAAGUAAAAAAGAGCUGUUCCAGGUUUUACUCAGUGGAGUUAUCCAGCUAACUCGGCAAUCCUGCUUUGUGAUACCAGCCCACCGUCUACUUGCCAUUACAACUUAUUCUGUAACAGUUUUUUAAGCUUGUACAGAUUGUGUACAGAAGUGUGAGUAUGUGUAAAUAUGUUAUAUGCGAGGUCAAAUGGGCAGCUGUUUACAGGAUGAGCUAGAGUACAAUCAGGAGUGAUAUCCUUGGUUAACCAGUUAGCCAGAGGACUCCUGUUUAGUUUACACCAUCAGAACAAGAUAUCUGUCAUCACGUAUGCAACAGAGCAUUAUAAAAAAGACGUUCAUCUACUGUAAGCAAAAAAGACCAUUUCAAUCCAUUCUCAUGUAAUUACACUCAAAAGAACAUUUCAUAUUUUUCCCUCCUCUGGAGCUCCUGCUUCCACCUCACAUUUUUAUGACAGGCCUUUACCCUGUGUAUUCACCAAAAUGUUUUUGGCAAUGUUUGCUCAGUUAAGAAAUAUGUCUCAGUUUCACGGUCAUGAGGGUCAACCAGCCACUUUCACUGUUAAUGCCCAAAUCCAUCCUCAUUUAAAGUUUUUGUACCUUAUUCUGUUACUUUCUCAAAACAUUUCUACACUUCCAGAUUACUUAUAAUGUUCACAGCUAUGCACUGCCUUUUUCUGAAGUAAUUACACAUUAUUGCAUCCUUUUUAAACUUUGAGACUCCAAGGACUUGUGAGAAGACAAUGUUGCUAGAGGUUUUAGAAUAUUUAAAGGCUUACUUUUGGCUAUGUGUCAAUAUUGUGUUUUUUUUUUUUUGGUGAAAUUUUAGAAACUGUGUACUAUCAGUGUAUAUUAACAAAUACGAUUUAGCCAUGGUGAUGCAAAUCCUGAUGCACUCAUAAAUGGCCUGAAAAAACA